AUGCCCACUCCGCGUCUUGUUGGACGUUAUGAAUUUGUUAGACUGGUAGGCAAAGGUGGAUUUGGUGUUGUGGAGGAAUACCACGACCUACUGACAAAUGAGCAGGUUGCCAUUAAAACCAUCCCAGCGCGUUUUGUCGAUCAGGAGAGCAAACGUCUCAUUCGUGAAAUAGACACCAUGUCUUUUCUUCAUGACGCCCAUCCACACGUGAUUGGUUUUUUUAGCAUGUUUGUAACUUCAUGCAGUAGUGUGGACGGCCGUUCUCUUUUGGAGGAUGGCAUUCAAUGCAGCGGCUCCGCGGUGUCAGGGGAGGCUCCGCAAAGUUUGGACGUUCAGGCUCCAGCGUAUGCCGGUCUUAGUUGCGGUGCCGCACUUUUCAAGCACCAGACUCAACUGGAGGCGGAAGUGGCAAAAAUACGCGGCAGCGACAAGUUUAAUCUUCACAUUGUGAUGCCUCUCAUGAAAGGGGAUUUGCUCCACUUUAUCAAUCAUGCCUCCUCUCCUGCCGGUUUAAACCUGGCAGUCACGGAGGAGUUUAUUGAACAAGUGUGUGUUGUGGUUGCCUUCCAAAUAUGCUUUGGAUUGGAUUAUCUGCACAAGUGUAACAUUGUGCACCGUGAUAUGAAGCCAGAAAACAUUCUUAUUCGUCUGCACAAUACGAAUCCCUAUGAAUCUACCGCUCUUAUUGCUGACCUCGGACUGGCGCGAGAUGCUCAGGCGAGUGAUACAUUUUAUGUGUGUACACGUUACUAUCGACCACCUGAAAUCAUAACAACGGUUUCACGUGGGGAGACGUCCAUUGAUGUGUGGUCACUAGGAUGCAUUUUAUUUGAACUAGUGACCGGGCGUGCCCUUUUUAGGGUUAGCUCAGCCCUCAAUGAACAUGGUGUGUGGGAGGGUCAUCGUGCCAGCACUCAGUUAGAGGUGAUUCUGGAUACCAUUGGGACACCAAGUCAUGAUGAGAUUAAACGCCUUAUGCCGGUGGGGAAUGCACAGAUGUAUUUGCUGCGGAGUGUUCCUCGCCCUUCACGACUUAUGGAAAUGAUUAGGAACAACUGGCGCUUGCAUACAACACGAGACCGUCAAACAAAGUGGAUGGACUUGAUCUCACGUUGUCUUGUUUUUUUUCCAGAGCAGCGUCCUACGUGUGAAGACUUGUGCCGACAUCAACUUUUUCGAGAAUUCAAUGUUCUUUACGGCGAAAAUGUGAAGCAGUAUCCUGCGAGGGCAUAUGUACCGGUAGAGGUUGGAACUCUGAUGGUUGAAAAUAAACAGAUUGUUUUGCGUCUUGUUCGACGUGCCCUGGAACAGUGCGCGCCUUUAGCCGAGGACGAAACAACAGAUGAAACAGACGGGGGGGGUGAAGAGCAAGAAGAGGAUGGAGUGACUCUGUUUGAAAGUGAAUGUUUUCAAAACGAAGAAGAAUCUUUUGAGGAGUUGAAUGGGGCGAACUCCGUGGCGGUGCUUUCCGUACCAUCAUGCGAAGAAGAUGUUCCUUCAGAAGCAAGGGCAGAAGACGACAGAGGGCCGAAGGACUUUCCUCGGUUGAGCGACCCUGGACUUCUUCAUCAGUACGCCACAACGACUGCAUUCACUGAUGGUGAUGCCUUGGAUGAUGUUAUUUCCAGGCUUCUGAACGACCUUCAAUACCACACACACGAUCCCGAACGUUCUGAACAGUUGAGAGCUCUGUUGAACUACUUUAUCUCCCUCCGAUGA